AUGCCUCCCCUCCCCCCCAACCGAGAAUGGUUCCACACCGCAACAAUCUACGAACUCUACCCCAGCUCCUUCGCCGACUCGAAUUCCGACGGCAUCGGCGACAUUCCCGGAAUCCUGCGAAAAAUCCCGUACCUCGAAAAACUCGGCGUCGAUGCCGUGUGGGUGGCCGCGUGCUAUAAAUCCGGGGGGAUAGACAUGGGAUACGAUGUGGAAAAUUAUCGAGAGAUUGAUCCGCAGUACGGAAGGGUGGGGGAUGUGGAGACUUUGGUGAGGGAGUUGGGAAGGGUGGGGGUGAGGGUGAUUAUGGAUCUUGUUGUGAACCACACUAGCUCGGAACAUGCCUGGUUCAAAGAAAGUCGAAGCGGGCUUACUAAUUCAAAGCGAGACUGGUACAUAUGGCGGCGCGGCCGUACAAUCGACGGGAUCCGCCAUCCACCAAAUAACUGGGCCAGCAUUUUCCAAGGUUCGGCAUGGGAAUACGAUGCCACGACAGACGAGUACUACCUCCGGACUUUCGCCAAACAGCAACCAGACCUGAACUGGGAGAACGCGGAAAUGAGAAAAGCCGUGUACGAGGAUAUGAAAUUUUGGUUGGAAAAAGGGGUUGCGGGUUUCAGGAUGGAUGUGAUAAAUCUGAUCAGCAAAGCGGAAGGAUUUCCGGAUGCGCCGAUCGUUGAUGAGGAUCGGGAUGAGCAGUUUGGGGGUGGGUUGUAUUGCAAUGGGGCGAGAGUGCAUGCGUAUUUGCGGGAGAUGAGGAGGGAAGUUUUGGAUCGGUAUGCGGGGAGCGUGGCGGUUGGAGAGGUGAUCAUCACGUCUUCGACGGACAUGGUUCGGGAGUUUGUAUGUCCCGAGAGGAGGGAGUUGAGUAUGGUUUAUCAGUAUGAUCUUUUUGAUAUUGAUUGUGGGAAGACGGGCAAGUUCUCUGCUCGAGAGUGGAAAUUGGGCGAGUUUAAGGGCUUGAUCGCGAAAUGGCAGAAUGCGCUCUCGUACUCGAAUGGCGGCUGGGCGACGGUGUGGCUUGAAAGUCAUGACACUGGGCGGAGCGUUACACGCUUUGGUGAUGGCACGGAAGCAAAUCGCUUCAAGGUCGCGAAGUUACUGGCUCUGCUGGAGUCGACUCUCGGAGGCACCUUGUUCGUAUAUCAAGGUCAAGAGCUGGGUUUGAAGGCGUUGACAACAGAUGUGCCGAUCAAGGACUACCCGGAUGUCGAGACUCAGAGGACGUGGGACGCUAUAUUCCGGCAGCGAAAGACGGCUUUGCCAUGCAAUGUCGAGCCCGAUAUGACCGAUGUAGCAGAGCAAGUGCGGAUCAAAGCUCGUGACCAUGCUCGGACACCUCUGCCCUGGACUUCAGUUUCAGAAGCGCCGCAUGCCGGGUUCUCCGACACUAAAGGGAAGACCUGGAGUCCGAUGAACACCGACAGUGAUGUGUGCAAUAUUGCGCAACAAGAUUCCGAUCCGCAGUCAGUUCUCAACUUCUGGCGCGAGCGCAUCCGGAUACGAAAGCAGUGUGCGGAGACAUUGGUCUUUGGCGAUUUCGAAGCCGUGCCUGACACCAUGAACGACGGUCCGGUAUUUGCAUACUGGCGCAAGCCGCUGAUUGACUGGACACGGAAAGCACGAGGUGUCCACCAAAAAGGCGAUCGUGAUGUCCUUGUGGUUCUCAAUCUCACGCCGAGUGACGACGUAACCUUCGAAAUGCCGCCCAUCCCAGACCUCGCAAAGCACGAUGGAAUCUUGCCGGAAUACUUCGCGCUGCAGGCAUUACCAUUACCGAACACCCUCAUACGGCUUGCUAAGUAUAGCUACUUCUUCGCGUACCUUAGGUAUAUAACGGCUAAUAUUAUCCUAUCUACGCUCGACGCCUUCUAUAUUAACAAGAAUAAGUACGUCGGCGCUAAGGCCGUCGCUACUAUCGAUACCACUAUAGGUAUCGAAGAGGAGGACGAGGAGGAGGAGUCUAAGGAUAAGUAG